AGAGAGGGUAGUUUGAUCCGCGCUUUAUAUAAGGGUAGGUAGACUUUGUAGCGUCACACACGCCGGUUUUGAUUGAUGCAUGCGGCCUGCUUCUCGUGUCGAUGUUAAGAAGGGAGAACGCGUUCCGGGGGCGAAAGCGAAAGAAAGGGAGGAGGAAUAGGUCGGUAGUGUCAUCGGUGGCACGCGAGCCACGUGACGGCCCCGUGUUGUGAUACCGAAAGUGCGUGCUUGCCGCGCGCCCCGUAGAAACAAUUUUGAUCGCUUCCCAUCGACGAAAUGUCCUUGAAUCGUAGCACCGCGGUGCCGGACGAUAUCCACGAGGAUUAUGUGCAUCCGACGGUCUACAUCGGCGCCGCGGUCGCCCUCGGAUUCAUUGGGUUCUUCGGGUUCACUAUGAACCUCAUGGUCGCCGCGGUGAUUGUCAAGGACGCGCAGAACCUCUGGACACCCGUCAACGUGGUCCUCGUCAACCUCGUCGUCGGCGACUUUUUGGUAGCUGCCCUCGGAAAUCCGGUCGCCAUGGUUUCCGCGAUCACUGGAGGAUGGUACUGGGGCUACAAAGUGUGUCUAUGGUACGCUUGGUUCAUGUCCACUCUGGGAUUCGCCAGUAUCGGAAACUUGACGGUAAUGGCGGUGGAGAGGUGGCUGCUGGUCGCCAGACCGAUGAGAGCGCUGUCCAUACGGACAGCCAUGAUACUGGCUUUCUUCGUCUGGAUUUACGCGCUCUGCCUGUCGUUGCCGCCGUUGGUCGGCUGGGGAAGCUACGGGCCGGAAGCAGGAAACGUGUCCUGCAGUGUCUCCUGGGAAGUCCACGAUCCGGUCACGAAAAGCGAGAGUUACAUUGGCUUCCUAUUCACUUUCGGCCUGGUCAUUCCGGUCAUAGUGAUCAGCAGCAGUUACCUGGCGAUUAUAUUAACGUUGAGGAAAGUGAAGAAGAGAACAGGUGCACGCGGAAGACGAGAAACGAAGAUCACGAAAAUGGUCGCGCUGAUGAUAACGGCGUUCCUGAUCGCUUGGUCACCUUACGCUGCUCUGGCUCUCGCCGCUCAGUAUUUCGAUGCAAAACCGUCAGCGUCCAUGGCUGUGCUACCGGCUCUGCUGGCCAAGUCCUCCAUUUGCUACAAUCCAAUCAUCUACGCAGGCCUGAAUAGCCAGUUCCCACGAUCCUUGAAGAAGAUAUUCGACAUACGAAGCCCGAGAAGCAUGCUGCCCGACAGCCAGAACACAGCACUGACCGUUCUGAACAGGCAAGAACAGCGAAACUGA